AGGGACCGCCAUUGACAAAGAGCCAACAUACACAUUUUCCAUAUCCAUAAAGAAAAAUGGUUUGCUUCUGUUUUCUGAUCAAUCAAAAGAGAAAGGUACGACAAACGAAGCCAGUGGCUGGAACGUGCUCCCGUUGCGGACGAGGAGCUCAGGUGGCGGACAUGGAAACCUCCACCACAUUUUGCCGGAUUCCCAUCCACUCCACUUCAUGGAAGGCCAUCAUUUGUUCUACUUGUGGUGCUCUUCUUAAAUCCUAUAGAUAAAUUUCCAUUUUUCCUUUCUUUCUUUGUCCCGCUUCUCUUUGUAAUAAUAUUGUAUAACCCUUCACUAGUGUCAAUAAUUCCUUCUUUUUUGUCUCC